AUGUCCCGAAAUUUGAUAAUUCAGCACUGUUUGCCAUGUCCGCCACUGCAGCAAGAAGAAGUUGACCAACUUAUUCAUGGAAUGUUGAAUGCUUGCGGUGGAGAACGUCCCCUUAGUGAAUUGAUCAGUUUGGAAAAACUUUUUUUUAUUUGUCACAAAACAGUUGAUCUGUUAAGAGAGUGUGGUACAUUGGAAUACAUUCAUGAUCCGGAUGGUGUUGCUAUAUUUGGUGAUUUACACGGCAGUUUAUAUGAUUUGUUCCGAGGAAUAAAGGAUGCUGGUUGGCCCACUGAGAGAACUUUAAUUUUUCUCGGUGACUAUAUUGAUCGCGGGAAGUAUUCCCUGGAGAUGGUACUAUUACUUUUCCUAUUAAAAUUGCGAUAUCCAAAACGAAUGUACAUGUUGCGUGGUAAUCAUGAAACGAUGAGUCAGUGUUAUGCAAAUGAAGAUGAGGAACGUGGAUUGAUUCGAAGUAUUGAGCGUUGUUAUCCGCAUGCUAAUAGGAAUUUGAUACUAUUUAAUAUCAAUUUUGUUUUCGAUCAUUUACCACUUGCUGCUAUAUUAUCAGAUCAAGUGCUACUUUGUCAUGGCGGUAUCUCGCAAUUUAUAAAAUCGCGUGAAGAUAUUGCACAGAUACCACGUCCAUUAACGUGGAUUGCGCCGGAAACAAAUGUCUUACAUAUAAGCAUAAUGACAGAUAUUUUAUGGGCUGAUCCAUCUAAAGAAAUGACAUCAAAAUACUCACCUUCCGGACGUGGCGCAUCAUACUUUUUCAGUCGGAGAGCAUUGAAAGAAAAAUUACGAGAAUUAAAUUGUAGAGCUCUUAUACGUGGUCAUGAAGCUAAUACAAGUGGUUUUGUAAAAGUAUUCAAUGGUCUGUGCUAUACGGUACAUUCAUCACCUGCAGCUGGUGAUGAAUAUUAUGUCGCAGCUAUUUUAUUGCUCGAUUUUGAUGCUGACACAAAACUUCUGACAGGUCGUGCUGUAUAUCAUUCCACAAAGGGAAAUUUGAAGCAUUUGAGGGAAGAUUUGGCUACAAACUUUGAGGAAGUGAGACAUCUUUAUCCACUUGAUCCACCUGGUAAACUUACGUCGCAAUGUUGGUCAUGUAUGAAGUUUAUGGAAGGUGUGCCAGAAGCAAUUUUCAAAUGGCAACGGUGUCUUUCGCAUUUCGAUUAUUACAUGAUCAUGCGAGAAUAUCGAAUUGGUGAACAUGAUCUUCCAUUUGAAGAUGAUUUCUUUGAUGAAAUGGACGCUGUAACUGAAGAUAAUUUGCAUGAACUAUAUAAGAUUGCUGCGCUUCGAUAUCCUAAAUUUCUCCACUUAUUGAUAAAUGAAAAUUAUGUGUUGAGUGUUAGUGGAAUACAACAGCCUGAUGAAGUACCAGAAUAUGAUUUCAAAUUCGUAUUACCUUCAUUCGAAGAAAGAUGGCCAUUUCUAGAAAUUCAUGAUUGA